AAAAAAAAAAAAAAAAAAAAAAAAAAAUUGGGAAAAUGAGCUCCUAUGGUGAAAGCUGCAAUGUGAGGCGGGCGGCCGAGACAAGUCGUCCAAUGUUCGGCUUCGGCGCGGCGGCGCGCGGGUCCAGCCCGAAUCUCGGAGCCGUCCCCGGCGGCUCGCUUCUACGCGACGACGCCCAAAGGAGCCCGAGAGGCGGCCCGGAGCUCCCAGUCCCCGCCGGGCCGACCGCGCGCGACUCCGGGGGGCUCGUCGUCGGCGGCGACCGGAGCCAGGAGGGCGUCAGGACUGCGGAAAAGGCGCAAACGGGCUCGCGGCAAGCACGCAGUGAGCGCGGACCACAGAUUUAUCCGUGGAUGACCAAGCUGCACAUGAGCCACGAAUCGGAAGGCAAACGCUCCAGGACCAGCUACACCCGCUACCAGACUCUGGAGCUGGAGAAGGAGUUCCACUUCAACCGCUACCUGAGCCGGCGCAGGCGCGUGGAGAUCGCCCACGCGCUGUGCCUGAACGAGAGGCAGAUCAAGAUCUGGUUCCAGAACCGGCGCAUGAAGUGGAAAAAGGAUUCUAAGAGCAAAGUCAAGGAAUAAGCGGCUUCGUCGCGACGUCCAAAGAGUUGCUUGACCUCCGGAUGAACUGCGGGAAGCAAAUGACAUCAUGACAUCCCCCCCCUCCCCCUC